AUGCAAAAUAAGAUACGUAUAUUUCUUUCGAAAAAUGUUGUAUUCAAUAAUAAAGUGCAACCAGCUAUUUUAAUUAUUAAAAAUGGCAAAAUAGAGGAGAUUCUCGAAAAUGUUACCAAGCAUAAAAUAGUAUCAGUGUUACAAAAUUAUCCAGGAAUCGUGAUCGAAGAUUUUGGUUCUCUGGUAAUUAUGCCCGGAAUUGUAGAUUCGCAUGUACACAUAAACGAACCUGGUAGAACCGAAUGGGAAGGAUUUAGAACGGCUACAAGAGCGGCAGCUGUCGGUGGAAUUACGACGAUAGCGGACAUGCCAUUAAAUUCUAUUCCGCCAACCACAACGGUGGAUAAUCUUAAAACAAAAGCAGACAAAGCGCGUGACAUGAUAUACGUGGAUUUGGCAUUUUGGGGCGGAAUAAUUCCAGGAAAUCAGAACGAACUGCAACCCUUAGUUGAAGCUGGAGUAGUGGGAUUUAAAUGCUUCCUGUGUCCAAGCGGAGUGGAUGAGUUCCCCUGUGUAAAGGAGGACGACGUUAACAAAGCUUUGGAGAAAUUAAAAUCGACUCGAUCUGUUCUAGCGUUUCACGCCGAAUACGUGAAAAAGAAUACAGUUACUUCCGCGAAAGGUGAUCCUACCUGUUAUGAGACUUUUUUACGAACACGACCAUCUGAAAUGGAGAUAAAUGCUAUUAAAAUGAUUUGUCACUGGUGCGAGAAAUCCAACGUUCGAUGUCAUAUCGUCCAUUUAUCAACCGCUGAUGCUUUGGAUCUAAUAAAAGCCACGAAAGGUAAAGGCGCCCCGAUAACAGCGGAAACCUGCCACCAUUAUCUUCUGCUGUCCGCAGAAGAAGUGCCAGUAUGCGCCACCGAAUUCAAAUGUUGCCCUCCUAUUCGAGACAAAGUUAAUCGAGAUAAAUUAUGGGAUGGCCUGAGAAAUAAAGUGAUAGACAUGGUCGUCUCGGACCAUUCGCCUUGCACGGAGGAAUUGAAAACUAAGGGCAAUUUUUUAACCGCUUGGGGUGGUAUUUCAUCAUUGCAGUUCGGUUUAUCGUUAUUAUGGACAGCUGCAAGAUUAAAAAGUGUAGGGUUGACGGAGAUAUCGAGGUUAUUAAGCGCUGCCCCAGCAAAACUUUGCGGGCUGAAUGAUCGAAAGGGUACCUUGUCUGUGGGUAUGGAUGCAGAUUUCGUGAUAUGGGAUCCGGAAAAAAUGUUCAAAGUUGAAAGGAAUCAUAUUCUUUUCAAGAACAAGUUAACACCGUACGAAAAUAGAAUUCUGUACGGAAAAGUUGAGGCAACUGUACUUAGGGGUGAAUACAUUUUUAAGGACAACCAAUUAUGCGAGAAACCCGUUGGCAACUUGUUACUAAAGAAAAAUUUCUUAGACUAGUGUAGAUAAAUUGUUCUAUUUUUGCGUUUGUCUUAGAAGCUUUUAUAUUUAAGAUUGUAGAUGAAUGAAAGAGCCGUCGAUUUGGCAGGUCAGG